CGUUUAUAGCACAUCACAACAAUCGACCAGACAGCUGAUAUUCUGUGAGCCCUAUAGUCCAAGUACCAAUAAUAUAAUAUCUCUGGAGGCCAGGAAUGCAAUCGUAUAUAUUAAGUGUCGAUAUGAAUUGUGAUAUGCCUUAUCUUGCAUUUGUUUACACGUUUAAUGUAAUAAGUGUCUUAUCUCACGUGCAGAGCAAUGUAGCGAUGUGUACAUGAUUUGUAUGUAUGGAUGCUUUAAAUCAGUCAAAGAAAAAAAGAUUAAAGAUGAUCUGGUACGAAGACUCAGUCGAGAUGCAGUUUCUGCAACCACCAAGUACAGAGGUCUACGUAGAACUACUUCAGCUGAUGCUCAAGGGCCACUAUGAGGCUUUUAAAAGCUUUAUACUGCGUGCUAUGUCCAAGGAACCAGCUUGGGUAAACCUCAACUACCAAAUUCCCUACCCAACAAGUAUGAGCUUCCUUGAUGUCGCUUCGAGCAAUAACUUGGCCAACUUUGUUGAGUUUCUGCUGGAUUUAGGUGCUGAUCCAAACCUCGUUAAUGGUGACCAAAAGCGAGCACCCCUGCACUUUGCAGCUGAGCAGGGCUGCGAAGAAGCACUAGUCUGUCUACUACGCAUGCCAUGCAUUAACCCAAACCUUGAAGUUGCUGGGCUGACAGCCCUGCAUUUUGCGGUUAAAGGUGAUCACAGAGAAUGCGCAAGGUAUUUACUCAAUGCCAGCGCUAGUCCGAAUCUGCCAAACAACCAAGGUGUUACGGCCCUUCAUUUGGCCGCUGAUAAAGGCACAAGAGAAAUGGUCGAGCUUAUUGUUAAGCACAGCGAGUUCCUAAUCUUGGAUGUCUUCAGAGAUCGGAAAGAAGAGACGGCACGCAGCUUGAUAGUACAGAAGUAUCCAGAUAUCGCGUUGCCAGAUGUGUCAGCCAUCCCAAGUACAGAAUCAUUGCUGCGCUACUACCUCUUAGCUAACGACGAGGUUAACUUUGCGAAGGUACUUGGAAAGGUGGAUAACAUCGAGACAAUUGCUAGCAAUGUGGAGCUUCUGCGAUUGGCUGUUGAAAAGAAUUUGCAUGACACCGUUAUGAGAUUGCUAGACAGAAAUCCGCUGGAGCAGGAUACUUUGAUUGAGCUUGGCAGAAUGGCAGUACGUUGUGGGUAUUCAGAGAUAAUACUAGCACUCAUCAAGAAGAGUCCAAGGCUUGCUGACAAGCUGCUUCUUCCAGUUUGCCAGGAGCUUGGUGUCCCAACGGGCCGCACAGAUCCCAGUUUUCCGAACACUGAUAAGAGACUUGAGUGCUUUAAGAUUGUUAUGGCUCAAGAGGGCGUCAAUGUACGACAGGAGGACGACAAAGGAAACAGCUGUCUGCACUACGCAUCACGAGCUGAGUGCCAGGAAGCCACGGAGAUGCUCUUGCGACGUGGUAGCUACAUUGGCCAUGUAAACAAUUUUGGUGUGCCUCCACUAGCGCACAUGUCAGCUGAUAUCCUUGAAAGUCGACUGAGUGAGUGUGUGACGUGCUCAGACGAUCGCAGUGAGGAGUAUGAGGUGAACUUGGAUUACAAGAAUCUAGUACCGCAUGGGGUCCAGCUGCCUGGUGAAGAUGAACUCUCUCGAUAUACUGAAAAUCCUUUAGUGUAUUGCAACGAGAUGGAUCCUCUACUCUACAUUGCGGAACAUAGGCACCUCAGGCGUCUACUGAAACAUCCAUUGCUUGCAUCCUUUUUAUAUCUCAAGUUUCUCAGGAUUAGAUACCUACUAUAUGCUAACUUAUUGAUUUACGCCUUAUUUUAUGUUGUGCUCAACACUUAUAUAUGGCUGCUGACCACUGACUCACUUAUUACUAAAGUUACAGAACCAAGUGGAAACGUGACAAAAGAAGUAAGAGAUGCUCUUAAUAUAUCAUCAAAACUCAAUUCAACAUCAUUUAUCGAGAAUUUACAGAGGCAUCCACUGCUUGUCUCACUAUCAAGUUUUGGGUUCUUAUACCUAGUGGUGCGAGAGUCUCUGCAGCUCAUCUCCAGCCCGGUUUACUAUAUUCUUAGUCUAGAAAACUGGCUUGAACUUGGACUGAUUGGCUCGACGCUUGGAUUUUUGUACAAUAACGGCCCAGAAGUAGGCGCCCUUACAAUCUUUCUCUCGACAUGGGAGUUCAUGAUUUUGCUUUCACAUCAUCCACGAAUGUCUACAGAUAUCGAGAUGUUUAAAACCGUCACAAUUAACUUUACCAAGUUUCUCUUUCUUUACGUCUUCCUGAUUCUUGCAUUUGCUCUCUCAUUCUACGUCUUAUUCCAGGAUAAGGAAAGUUUUCCGAAUCCCUUCCGUUCGCUGUUCAAGACAAUUGUCAUGCUGACUGGAGAGUUUGAUUCCUCUAGCCUACCAUUUAGCGCACACCCUGUAUUAAGCAGGUUAAUAUUCGUUGGCUUUAUUUUCCUUGUCGUAAUAAUUUUACUGAACCUUCUAAAUGGCUUAGCAGUCAACGAUACCGCAGAAAUUCUCGCUGAGGCUGAGCUGGUAGGGCUGGUGGCACGUGUUCGCCUUCUAGCAUACGUUGAGCGCAUCGCCGUUGGCUCAAAUACCUACUCUUCAUCCACACUACUAUGCUGUUUCAACUAUCUGCAGGGUCAGUUGUCACUAAAGAGGCUGCGACAGACUCCACUGAGUUUCAUCGCACGGAGACUACUUCUAUUCCCACGCUUUCUUCCCCAAACACGACUCAGUGUAAAGCCCCUCAAGAACUUUGAGAUGACUCUUCAUGGCCGAACAAAAAGUAGCAAGCACAGCUCUAAAUUCUUCAUGGAUAGAUCGAUUUCUUGGCAAGCCAAAAAGAUAGCCGAGGCUCGAGGCAAGGAUACAGACUUGGAGAAGGUACUGUUACAAAUAAGGAACAGAUUUGAUAGGUUGGAGAUUGCUCUCCGGGAUAUUAAAGCCUUUGUUCAAAAACCCAACAAUGAAAGUUAAAUCGUUAAAUGACGGUUUAUAAUUUGAUUUUUGAUUGCUUUUUUCUAGGGCUUGGAAUAAAAAAACCUUUUUGCUGUUAAGUUUUAUGAAAAUCGUUUAAUUUUUAGACCAUACUCACUCGUUCUUAAUGUAGUACGGAUUGUUACGAAUAAAGCUAGCAUUAUCUAAA